GGGAGUGUGCGAGGCUGCACAGGUUGUGUGAGCCAGCGAAGACAAAGCGGUGGCUGUGGGCGCUGUGGCGGAAAAACCCUAAACGCCGAAUUUCGUGACGCUCAGUCCUGUCAACAUCUCCAGCGCGGCGCGCGGGCGGCUGGUCUCGCGGAGGCGGCGGCGGCGGCGGCAGCGGCGGAGGCAGCGGCGGCGGCAGCACAUGGUUCCAAGAGCGCCCUGCGGUUGUCGGUUACCAAUUCCGUGGGGAGGGACAAAGGCAGCUGCGAGCGCUGGGCAACGCCCGGUUGGGUGGUGCGCUUGCCACUACCCUCGAUCCAGGGCUUGAGAGCUGGGACUAACUCCUCUCCGUUAGGAGGCGGCCACGGGCCCGGGGCCCGGGAAGGGCCUGAUCGGCUGAGGCCGCUGUCUGAGGGGAUUGGGGGAGGGGCCGCCUCCCGCCUAAGGCGAUUUGGGCGGGUCAGUUCUGAGGCGUUUUAGUGGGUCAGUGCGAGGUCAUUUGACGCGCUACCCUUAAGAGAUUGGGGUGGGACAGCAAGCUGCGUUUGUUCUGGGUUUUGGAAACAAAUCGGCUGUCAGCACUUGGGAGAUCUUUCAACUGGGAUGCGGUGAAGCCGGAACUAACGCCAUUUGCACUCCGACAUCGUGGUCGCCAAUCGGGUACGGGUUUAAGGACUCCAGGAUCAUUGGUGGCGAAGACAUGGGUGAUUGCCCCGCUUUAUGACAGAAAUUGGUACAUUUCUGGAUAGGUGAGGAUCAAAAAAGGCCUGAAGAACAUGAAGAUGGAACAAUAAUAAAAUCGCCAACUGCAGUACCAUCUACUCCAGGACCUCCACAUUCGGCUAUUGAACUAUUGUAACAACGCUAAAAGCCCCUUUAGACUACAGGUUUAUAUGACGUAGUUCUUUCCAAAAUACUACAUCAUAGUUGUUGAGAGGAUAAGAAAAAAAAUUGAAAGGAAAAAUCAACUGUAGUUUUAGACUCUUUGAAUAUAUUUUGGGUAAAGCGUAGGUAACCUCACUUAACCGUAAGGAGUACAGUCUCACCAAAGCUGUACUGGAAGGAAUCCUGGAAAAUUUGUUCUCCUGUAAGGUUAUUUUUCCUUAGUAAAGGACUGGAGACCUCAUUGCACUCAUGGCUUUCACAAAUUACAGCAGUCUGAAUCGAGCUCAGCUAACCUUUGAAUAUCUGCAUACAAAUUCUACUACUCAUGAAUUCUUGUUUGGUGCUCUUGCUGAACUGGUUGAUAAUGCAAGAGAUGCUGAUGCUACCAGAAUAGAUAUUUAUGCAGAAAGGCGAGAGGACCUUCGAGGAGGAUUUAUGCUUUGCUUUUUGGAUGAUGGAGCAGGAAUGGAUCCAAGUGAUGCUGCCAGUGUGAUCCAGUUUGGGAAGUCGGCCAAGCGGACGCCUGAGUCUACCCAGAUUGGGCAGUAUGGGAAUGGGCUAAAAUCGGGCUCCAUGCGCAUUGGGAAGGAUUUUAUCCUCUUUACCAAGAAGGAAGAGACCAUGAGCUGCCUUUUCCUGUCUCGUACCUUUCACGAGGAGGAAGGCAUUGAUGAAGUGAUAGUCCCAUUGCCCACCUGGAAUGCUCGGACCCGGGACCCUGUCACAGACAAUGUGGAGAAGUUUGCCAUUGAGACGGAACUCAUCUAUAAGUAUUCUCCAUUCCACGGCGAGGAGGAAGUGAUGACUCAGUUCAUGAAGAUUCCUGGGGACAGUGGAACCCUGGUGAUCAUCUUCAAUCUCAAGCUCAUGGAUAACGGAGAGCCGGAGCUAGACAUAAUCUCAAACCCACGGGAUAUCCAGAUGGCAGAGACUUCUCCAGAGGGCACGAAGCCAGAGCGGCGCUCCUUCCGUGCCUAUGCUGCUGUGCUCUAUAUUGAUCCCCGAAUGAGGAUCUUCAUCCAUGGUCACAAGGUGCAGACCAAGAGACUUUCCUGCUGCCUGUACAAACCCAGGAUGUAUAAGUACACAUCAAGCCGUUUCAAGACCCGUGCAGAGCAGGAGGUGAAGAAAGCGGAGCACGUAGCACGGAUUGCUGAAGAGAAGGCACGGGAGGCAGAGAGCAAAGCUCGGACAUUAGAACUACGCCUGGGUGGAGACCUCACCCGAGACUCCAGGGUGAUGUUGCGACAGGUCCAGAACACAGCCGUUACCCUGCGGAGAGAAGCUGAUGUCAAGAAGCGGAUCAAGGAGGCCAAGCAGCGAGCACUUAAAGAACCUAAGGAACUGAAUUUUGUUUUUGGGGUCAAUAUUGAGCACCGGGACCUGGACGGCAUGUUCAUCUACAACUGCAGCCGCCUGAUCAAGAUGUAUGAGAAAGUGGGCCCUCAGCUGGAGGGGGGCAUGGCAUGUGGUGGGGUUGUUGGGGUCGUCGAUGUACCCUACCUGGUCCUGGAGCCUACACACAACAAGCAGGACUUCGCUGAUGCCAAGGAGUACCGGCACCUGCUGCGGGCGAUGGGGGAGCACCUAGCGCAGUACUGGAAGGACAUCGCCAUUGCCCAGAGGGGAAUCAUCAAGUUCUGGGAUGAGUUUGGCUACCUCUCUGCCAACUGGAACCAGCCCCCGUCCAGUGACCUUCGUUACAAACGCCGGAGAGCUAUGGAAAUCCCAACCACCAUCCAGUGCGAUGUGUGCCUGAAGUGGCGGACCCUCCCCUUCCAGCUGAGUUCUGUGGAAAAGGAGUACCCUGACACCUGGGUUUGCUCCAUGAACCCUAAUCCUGAGCAGGACCGGUGUGAGGCUUCUGAACAGAAGCAGAAGGUUCCCCUGGGGACAUUCAGAAAGGACCUGAAGACACAGGAAGAGAAGCAAAAGCAACUGACAGAGAAAAUUCGUCAGCAGCAGGAGAAGCUAGAGGCCCUGCAGAAAACCACUCCCAUCCGCUCCCAAGCUGACCUGAAGAAAUUGCCCUUGGAAGUAACUGCCAGACCUUCCACUGAGGAACCUGUACAUAGACCUCAGCGUCCUCGGUCACCUCCUUUACCUGCUGUGAUCAAGAAUGCCCCGAGUAGACCCCCUUCUCUUCAAGCUUCCAGGCCAACCUGCCAGCCCCGAAAUGCUCCUGUCAUUAGCAGUGCCUCAAAGCCUCCUGCCUUGGCAGCACGGGAGGAGGCCAGUACGUCCAGGUUACUCCAGCCACCGGAGGCACCCCGAAAGCCUGCUGCUAACACUCCAGUCAAGACCUCACCCCGGCCCACUCCUCUGCUGCAGCCGUUCUUGCCAUCUCUGCUGCCCAACUCCAGGAGCCCUCGGGAGAUCCCUGCUCCCAGAGCAAUCAAGACUCAUGUGGUCAAGAAGCCUGAGCCACCCAGUAAACUCUCCUUGGCCAGUCCUGCUCGGAAGCGGACUCUUGGGGUCUCUGAUGAGGAAGAAGCUGAGGAAGAAGCUGACAGGAGGAAGGAGAGGUCCAAGCAAGGAAAAUUUGCUGUGAAGGAGGAAAAGAAGGACUUCAGUGAGCUCUCAGACAGUGCUGGGGAAGAGGACCCAGCUGGCUUCAAAAGGGCUCAGAAAGAUAAAGGGCUGCACGUGGAGGUGCGUGUGAACAGAGAGUGGUACACAGGCCGUGUCACAGCUGUGGAGGUGGGCAAGCAUGUGGUGCGAUGGAAGGUGAAGUUUGACUACGUACCCACAGACACCACACCGAGAGACCGCUGGGUGGAGAAAGGCAGCGAGGAUGUGAGGCUGAUGAAACCGCCUUCCCCGGAGUAUCAGAGCCCCGACACACAGCAGGAGGGGGCGGAGGAGGAGGAUGAGGCUGUGGUGGCCCUGCAGGCUGUAGCCAUGGCAGAGCCCUCCACUUCUGACUGCAUCCGCAUUGAGCCUGACACCACUGCCCCGAGCACCAGCCACGAGACCGUUGACCUGCUCGUCCAGAUCCUCCGGAAUUGUUUACGUUACUUCCUGCCUCCAAGUUUUCCAGUCUCCAAGAAGGAGCUGAGUGCUAUGAAUUCAGAUGAGCUAAUAUCAUUUCCUCUGAAAGAGUACUUCAGGCAGUAUGAAGUGGGACUUCAGAAUCUGUGCCAUUCCUACCAGAGCCGCGCUGACUCGCGGGCCAAGGCCUCUGAGGAGAGCCUGCGCACCUCAGAGAGAAAGCUCCGAGAGACAGAGGAGAAGCUGCAGAAGCUAAGGACCAACAUCGUGGCGCUCCUGCAAAAGGUGCAGGAGGCAUCUGUGGUUCCAACCCUGGCUGCGCAGCAUCCUGACCAGGAGGGCUGGAGGUGGUGCGGCUGCCUGGGUCUCAUCCCAGCCAGACCCACGGACAUAGACAUCAACACAGAUGACGAGCUGGAUGCCUACAUAGAAGACUUGAUCACCAAGGGAGACUAAGGGGCUCGGAGCCAGAGAGCUUCCCUGCCCCUCACAGCAGGGCUCUGGGGUGGUCUUCCGUUUGUGGGUUGGUGGAUGUGACCUUGGUUUGACUCACGUGAGACAUUUGUGCUUUUGGAGGGAAAGAUACUCUCUUUGAAUCUUCAUCCCUAAGUUUAUAAAUAUUUAUUUUUUAAAAGAAAUAAGAUCUGUGCCUGCUGUGAGACCAUACAUUUUUUUGUGACUCUUGGGCGAAGGACAGAGAACGAGGCUGCCAAGCCUGAGCUUUUCUUGGCUCCCGUCUCCUCAAGAUGUGAAUCCAGCGCCAUCUGGAAGUUAGAGAUGCUCCAGGGCCAGGCCAGAUUCUCUCCCAGACAAUGAGCAGUGCUGGGAUCUGAGGGCUGGGGAAGGGGACCGCUCCAGCACGGCGGCCCUCCUCAGGGUGAUCCCUGGGCAGCUGUGGGUCAGGAAGAGGCUGAGCGGCUCCCGUCUCAGGUCAGGGAUGUGUUGGCUCAAGCAGCUUUCCGUCAUCGUGGCUGUGCUGUGGCACCGUCCAAACAGCCUAGGGAAGAAAGAUCCUCCCAUCUUGCCUCCCCACCUGCCACCCAAAUUCCCGCUGCAGGAGGGAUCAUGGGUGAGCCGUGGACAGUGAGGUUUCCUGCCCAGACACUUGAGUCCAGGUUGAGGAGUGGACAGAUCCUCUGUGGUCAGACUGCCCAUCUGGGUAGUACCCUGAGUGAAUUCUAAAGGAUGCUUUACAGGAAAGGACCUUCUGUGUGAUGGAGCUCCUGGUUUGAUUUCGGGCAGCCUCCCUCUGUGGGAGAGGCCAGAUCCUGAGGGGGGCAUCAUGUGUGGUGCCGGCUGGUCUGCAGAGCUCACCACCCCUGCUCUCCCCGUGCUUCCCUCGGCCGGUCCUGCUUGCCCAAUCAAGGUUCCUGCGCUAGGCAGACAGGAGGUGGGCAUCACUGAGCCCCCAGGCCCAUGGGCACAGGAGGUGGGCUGCGGGCAGGUGUGCAGGAAGCACCAUGCCUGCCCUCCUGCCCAGCCACAGCCUCAUGGAGCUGUGUCCCUCGGGCAUCUUCUCAGGGCCAUGGACAAAGGCAACAAUUGCUAAAUUUCUCUUUAAUGGCCACGGGAAAAAUUCUGGUUUGAUUUCCCCCAACUCUUUUUUUUUAUUUGGGGACUUUGGUUUACCUGAAGCACAGGAACCACGGCCUGGUGCCACUGGUUUAUGGUUCCACUCGGUGAAGUCUGCGGAAGAUGGGGAAGCAGUUACCCGCUGUGCCUUGUGGGACGGGGCUUCCCCAGAGCACAUCCGUGGGGGAGACUGCUUGGGGAAGUGCCACUCAGACCCUGGCCUUUCUGUCUGGAGGAUUCGCUGAGUCUUGGGUUUCCUGAGCUGGUGAUUCCUCUCUCUCAUCCAGCUCUCGCCCUCCCAGGUAAUAUAUGAUUCAGUUUUGUCCCCAGCCUACUGUUUUAAUCUAAUAAGAAUUUGGUUGUGCAUUUUUACCAGAGGGCAAUACUCAAAAAGUUUUCUAUUGAUACACCUGUAAUCAAAAUGCAAUACUAUAAACUGACUGGUGAGA